GAUUGAUGAGCGUUCCAGCAGUUGGCGAAAUCGCUUGUGAUGACUUGAAGGAACGUCUGAUUGCUCUGGAAAAGCUACUUGCAGAUCCUUUAUCGGAUUGCUACAUUGAGCGACUUUUGGACGUCGUAAUUGCUUCCGUUAAUGAUGCCCAGGUUCUACCACAGACUAAAGAGAAUGAAUAUUCUUUGGCUUUCUAUAAAAGGUUUGCACAUGUUGCGGCCCUUUUGCAAUCAUAUCGCCGAAAACCACAGGACUUUUCCCUCAUCGCCUCCCUUGGCCACGGAGCAUUUGGCCGCGUUCAACUAGUCCGCGAAGUCACUACGGGACGCGUAUGUGCAAUGAAAGUGCUCAAGAAAUCCCGCAUGCUAACACAGCACACUGACUAUUGGAUUGAGCGGGAAAUCAUGGCUCGCGCAGACAGUCCCUGGAUUGUACAACUCUACCAUGCUUUCCAGGAUGUGACGUCAUUGUACAUGGUUAUGGAGUAUGUGCCUGGAGGAAACCUUGUUUCUUGGAUGGAGGAGGUAGAAAUCAUAUCCGAGGCUGCAUGUCGCUUUUACGCAGCCGAAACUGUACUUGCUCUGGCAGAUUUACAUGCCAUGGGAUUCAUUCAUCGGGACAUAAAGCCCGAUAACCUGCUGUUGGAUGUUGGUGGCCACGUAAAACUGGCCGAUUUCGGGACUGCUGUGCGGGUGGACCCAAACACACGGUUGGUCCAUUGUGAUGCCGCCGUCGGGACUCCCGAUUACCUCAGCCCUGAAGUUUUGCUCUCUCAGGCCGAAGCGGCUGUGGAUCGCCUGGCUCCUCUGAUUGGAGACUCGGAGAGUGCGGAGGAGGUUCGUUUUUUGCUUUUGGAGCAGCGUUUUUUGGAACAUUUGGAAGCAAACGAGGUGAUGCCUGCAGUCACUCUGCUACGCAACCGGAUCACGCCAAUGCAGCGCAACACCGAUCGCGUCCACACUUUGGCCAGCUGUUUGAUGUGUCGUACCAACGCUGAACUUCGGGCUCAGGCAGGUGGUUGGCCUGGCAAGGAUGCUGGCAGUCGUCUGCAGCUAAUCGAUCGAAUUCAAACAUUUGUGCCAGCGAAAACUAUGCUGCCUCCUCGCCGACUGGAGGAAUUGAUCGAAGAAUCGAUUCGCGCCGAACUGAGCAGCUGCAUCUUUCACAAUCCACCAGUCGGAUCCGGCACCGAUUUGCACGAUAUUUCGCUUCUUCAACGACAUUCUUGUGGCAUGCGCGAUUUUCCUGCAUUUUGCAUCCAAACGGUGCAUCAGCGUGAUGGGGAACUGUGGUUGUGCCAGUUUUCGCCUGACGGGUAUUAUCUGGCCGUCGGCGGCAAAGACGCCAAUGUGGACGUAUUACGAGUGGACGUGACUCGGCACACCGUAUCGCGUUACCGUGUGUUGACCACCCCAAGUUACAUCGGCUGUCUAUGCUGGUCACCGGACUCAAAAAAAUUGGCCGCGUGUUGUGGAGAGGAACAGAGUUCAGUGUGCGUUUUCGACAUGACCAGCGGUCAACAGUUGUGUAGCGUAAAGGUGAACGACGAGGACACUUACACAACGGCCGCAUUUUUCGCUGAUAGUUGUAAACUCGCCUUCGGUGGCCUGAAGGGUGUGUUUUACGUUAUGGAUACAAAUGACCGUGGACGUAUUUUAGCUAGUGUUGAAGGCUACCGUGUACAAAGUAUGGCUGCCGUAUUUCCACUCGGUCUCAACACCCAGUAUGCCGGAUCUAAACCCAAUCAACUGAAUGGCUUCACCGCUCCCGGUGGGCCCGACUGCGGAACCUCUGCUGUUGGAAACUUAGGGACGUUGGCUGGUCCAUUAACUAACCAAGUGGAUCAAUUGCUUGUUGCUGACAGCCUGCACCGGAUAAGGUUGUUCCGUUUUGGACCCCUUGGUUCUGUUUCUACUGCCGCAGCUAAUGACAUUCCAUCAAACACUGUCGAAGGCGGUGAUACUCCUUCGUCCUCAACUGAAGCUACCACGACGACUGUGGUUCCAGUUGGGAUUUCAACCACUGUAGUCCGACCUCUGUCUUCCUUCGUUGACGAUGAUGUGACUCUCACCUCCAUUAAUCCUGCUGAACCUACCACGUACUCAUCUUCGGGUGGAUCCCCCGGUGGCCCUACGGAUGUCACCACUAGCACUCCACCUGUGAGCAGUUCCGCUUCGAGUGCUUCCACCACUACAACUAAUAUCGUUGACAACCCAUCCGUUGCAGCCGCAUUAGCAGUGGCCCGGUUGUCCAGGCAACAACGAUUAACCCAGUCCAUCAACACUUCGACCGGAAAUUUAUCUUGGGGUGUACAAUCGUCCCAUACCUUCACCCCUGCUACUCCUCAGGGCUCUGCCACAAUCCAGACCUGCUCAGCUUCUUCAACUGUCCCAUCUGCAACCUUGAUUGACAUGCCUAUUUUACCCGCGAACGUGUCACGAAUCACCACUUCACACAUGCAACAACAACCACAACAACAGCAACAAUCUCAGUCCAAUAUCCGCUCGGUUCUUCAUCAUUCUGGAUCCACCAUUGGCGGAACUCCGUACACUGUUCUGUCUCCUACCGGAAGCAGUGGAUUGGCUCCUGGUGGUAGCAGUCUAACCAUCCUGUUUGGAGCCCCGUUGGAACGCUCCUCUGCGGCAUACACUGGCUCUAGCGGCGUAACAACUGAAGUUCGCGCACUCACUGCAGCUGCUGCUGCUGCCGCCCUCGCUGGUUCACACUCGCGAUCGUUUGCCGGACUCGUGCACUCUUUGUCUACUAUGGUGGCUGCGAAUUCUGACACGAGCGCUGGUCGAGUUGUGGCCAGUGAGACAAGCGCCAGUUCUGCGACGGUGUGUACAACCUCCACGUCAACCACUACCACAAGCGGUCUAGGCUCCGCCACCAGCGUAGGAGUGGGGACUGGUGUCUCCUCGGCAGCUUCUACCACCGUUUGCUCUUCUACUGGCCAACCGGUGACUGGAAGUAGCUAUGGAUUGUUGGAUCACCUGACAUUGUUUAAAGAAACACAUGCCGUACAAUCAAUCUCUAUGUCCAGAUCGGGUCAGCGAGCUCUCAUCACAAUUCACAAAAUGGGACUGCAUUUGUGGGAUGUGGAAUCGUGCGCCAUCAUUCAGCGGUUCGUUGGAUACAAACAAGAAAUGUUUCGACUUCAUUCGACUUUUGGUGGUACAAAUGAACAGUUUGUGGCCACUGGUAGCGAAAAUGGUCGAAUUCACAUAUGGCACGUGAACGGUGGAAAUCAUUCAAUCCACUCUGCCUCUAACGGGAGUCGUGAUGCGAUCACUUGCGUGCAUUGGAAUCCAAUGCUUCCAACCAUGCUUGCAUCCGUUAGCGAUGGGGGCGAGGUUUGCAUUUGGGGGCCACAGCGUUACGUCUUUGGCACUGGUCAGCCUAUGGAAGAAUCGUCUUAAGGCAAUGAACCAACCCUGCGUCAACACACGCUCGCGUUGCAACAACUGUGAACACCGUUACUUGGGUCACUCGCACGUCUUUGGUCGCCCGUCCAGUUCAACUGAGGCGUGUCAGAUACUGCUUGGCGUCUUUCAUGCUUUCGGCGUGUCCUCUCACACGUUUUGUCCGUGUUAACAAUGCGGCCCCGCGCAUCCGCCUUGGUAGCAUCGGCGUCCACUCCAAUUCUUUCGCUUACUUACGUUUACUUAUCGUUCUUGUUCUACCUAAUCCUCCUACACCAAUUUAUGCUCAUGGACUUGUGUAAAUCCUGAGACUCACGACAUAAGUUAUAACGUACUUAUGCAGACUAGUUAUCGUUGCUCGUCUUUGCUUACAUCGCUUUCAAUAAUAACUGCAUAUCUUUUCUCGUCUGCCUGAUGUUUUGGGUCCUACUUUCAGUCUGACUGGCAUACUCCGUCAAUAUUUAUGCCUAUCCCAUUUCUACUACCGAAGUUAUUAAUAUUAUCCUUGUUCUACCUUGCUAUGAUUACUUACAAUACAGCGCAACACAUGUGUCCUUCUUUUACUCCGCUAUCUCUCUGAUGGUGUCGUUGUUUGCUUACCUGUCCAUCACUCACUCACCAUGUCAAUCGCAAAUUUCACAUCUCGUUCAGCGUCCGUACGAUGGGUAACCACCUGAGCCCUCAGUAGACACAUCUGAACUACCUUGUACCGUAUAAUUCAGUUAUUGUGAACGCGACUGUUGUGGUAACGUCAAGUAACCCCGCACAAAUGCACCACAAACUCCAGUGCAUCAGCUGCGCCACGCAGUUCAAUUUUUGCCGACAACUUUGCAGAAUGCAGCCGGACCGAGUUCUUUCCUAGACCACGGGCCCCAUGUGGUGAUUCAUUUCACCCGCAAAAUGAACCAUUGUGCCAACUGUGCUUCGGCCUUUGUAGGUCGUAAAAGCGCUCCUCGUGUUCCGC